UAGUGUGUGUGUGUGUGUGCAGUGUGACAUUUAAAGUGACAUCAAACAACAGGCGAAUCGAACGAUCGAAACGAUCUUCCCGGGGUUUUUCCGACGAAUAUCGGUACCCCGCCGUGCCCCACCAUGGGCUUUUCGUCCGCUCUGCAAGGACGGGCGGCGCAUGAUGCGCUGCUCAACCGGCAGGAGGCCGAACUGAAGCUGCUCGAAACGAUGAAACGGUGCCUCGUGCAGAAGGCCAAGUGUGAUCGCGAAUAUGCCGUGUCACUAGCGGCUGUCACUCAACAAGGACUCAAAAUCGAUCGUUCGGAUGAUCUACAAGGAAGUCACAUAAUGCGAGCGUGGCGAAGCUUCAUGGAAGAAUUAGAGCAUACGGCCAAACAAAUUCGCACCAACGCAGAACAGUUGGAAACGGUCUGUCACGAGAAGCUAGCCAGCCUGUACCAGGAAAAACGACGCGUCAGAAAGCAGUACCAAGAGGAACACACCAAAAUAGCCACCCAGUUCAGCCAUCUCACAGAGGACGUUGCACGAAAGAAAAGCGAGUACCAGAAGCAUUUAGACUACUACAAACUGCUGCGGGGUCGGUUCGAGGAGCACAUCAAAUCCGGCCGAUCCGGACGGAAGCUGGACGAUGUCAUAGACAAGUACCAGAAGGCCUGCCGGAAGCUGCAUCAAGCGCAUAACGAGUACGUCCUGCUCAUCUCCGAGGCGGUCGAGGUGGAAAAGGAUUUUCGGACGAUACUGCUGCCCGGACUGCUCGAACACCAGCAAUCCCUUCAGGAAGGUUUCAUUCAGGCGUGGAGCAACCUGCUACAAGAGAUUGCAAAGCUGAGUGACAUGACGUCGGAAAAGUUCGUCGACAUACAGCAGCGCAUCGAGUCGAGCAUAGCGGGCAUAAAUUCCACCGAAGAGUAUCGCGAGUUUACGGAGAAACACAAGACCUCACCAACUGCACCGGUCAUUUUCCAAUUUGACGAAAGCCUCGUCGAAGAUAGUCUAGGUAAACUGCAGGCCAACACACUGACCGUUGACAACCUUACCGUCGAUUGGUUGCGCGGUCGACAAACAGAACUCGAGAGUACAAUCAAAGAUCUACAGGAGCGGCAAAAUAAGUUGUGCAGUGAGACGAAUGGAACGAAUGGCAGCAGCCCAGCGGUCAGUCCAGUAAGUACACCCGGUACGAAGCCAUCAACACCGAUACUAAACGGUUCCAAUAGUAACGGUGUGCUUGGAAAAGAUCAAACCGCCAACAAAUCAUCAAAGGAACUAAAUACACUACGCUGCCAAGAACGACAAACGCUCAAGCUGGUCGAUUUAAUCCGCUCGGCGCUAAAUGAAGUGGGCUGUGAGGAACUACCGUCCGGUUGUGAUGACCUUUCCGUAGAGCAUCUAAUCGAGAACAAAAAGUCUGUCAGUCAGGAUCUAUCGGUGGACUCACUUCAGCAUACCUCCACCGCAUUGGGUCUCUUCUCCUUGCGCACUGGUGGUGGUGGUGGUAACGGUGGUGGUGUGAUGUCGAUGCUAAUGGAUCAACUAAGGCGCAAAUCAGGGCCGCCAACCGUUUCAGGAUCGAACUCCUCGGGUAAGACACCACGAUCAGGACCAACCCCAGCACAGACUCCAAAACAGGAGCAUCGAGGAACAACGUCAACGGUAACUAGUGCUGACAGUGCUGAUCUUUUGUGUUCGUCUGUGUUCGCGUGUGAUCGUGUACAAAUUGCUUCCGGCGAUGAUGAACAUGCACGGCCCGCUUCUAACCCUAUCCGGUCAGAUGAGUCCGAUGUUCCUACAUACGCAGAGCUCCUUCCCGACGGAAACGAUUCCGACCAUCGACUGUCGAACGUUUACGUGGACAUGGAGGCGUGUCUGUUGCAAGAGCUCGAUGUGGGUCAGUCGUUUGAGUAUACUAACAUUAGUAGCUGCAGUCGCAAGCAACCGCUGCUCGCAUCCACAGCGGACGAAAGCUUUGGCGAAUCCGAACUACCUAACCCCACUAACACGGAUCAUCGCAACAAUGUGGCACGUUACAGACGCUUGCGCACGCAAGGCAGUAGCGAGGACAGUGAAAUGCAUUUGCUAAAUAAGCGACACCACCACCAGUAUCGUGCUCCAGACGAACAUUACGAUGACGAUGAUGGUGGCAGUUGUAGCACUGCAGAUGACUUGAACGAUUCCAAAAACAAUUUGCUUCGGGAGGAAAGUUUUGACGACAAUCAACGACGGGAUUUGUCACCUUCAGAUGCAACUGUCCGUGAUUCGUGGACACAAAGAUCUGCAGAAGAUAUGGAGGCUGAUGCCAAGUAUCUCACGAUGAGAAAGGAAGGCUCUUUACCUACGCUUGAAUCGUGUCCUUCAAAAACGUUGGAAGAUCAGUGGAAGUCGUCAAUCGAACGACAUUUGGAUAACAUCGAUGCGCUUAACCAGAAGCUAGACGAACAUCAACGUUUGGCAGCUCGGCUUUCCGAAGAAUACGAAUACAUUCGCGUCCAAACGCUGCGUCCUGGAGCUUCGGUACAGCAAGCGAACCUUUCUAAUUCCACAAAACCACCGAUGGCGUUCGAGAAGAUGAACAGCUUUCGAGAGAAGAUCAAACGUCGCAUCAAGGGCUCGAAAACGGAAAACGAUAAGGCAGAUCGUUCCGUGUCCCCCGAUACGCCCGAUCAAGGGGAAAGUUUUUCGGGACGGCUGAGAAAUCGUAUUACAGCCCACCACACUCAACGACAGUUUCGGCUCAUGAAAGAUACCGACUCAGCAAGUCCAUCUACCGAUCGAUCACUAGCGGAACGCGUUCCAAACAGUUCCUCUUCUGUCGGUCGCAAAAAGAAAAAACGCAAAGCAUCGAAAGCGAACCGCAACGCACACCAACGGCAGCAACGUGGCAGUGGUGGUGAUGCCCAGCAACGUCAGCAACCAUUCCAUCCUCAGCAAGCAUUUUCCGAAGACGAACUGCUUGCCGAAGAACAUGCAGGACCUUCACCCGAACAUAGCACCGGUCCAAGAUCUGGUGGACUUGGAACAUCUUUCUCGCAAACAGUCCGUGCAACUUGGCGCGAAUUGAUCCAUUCCACGAACAAGGUUAAGGAUUCAUCCCUCAACCUUACCUUGCGGUCAGAUCGACCUGAAGAAAAGCAUGAUCUGAUAGUGGAUCAGGAUCGGCAAGGUUUGCUUUCGAUUCGAUUCACCUUUUCCGACGGUGAACGAAAGCAGCAGAUAGUUGAUAGCAUAACAGCAACCGAUUUGAAUUCCACCGGCGAUUACUGCGUUCCACUAAUUGUAUCCCGCAAUGAGGAUAAUAAGGCGCAAGAUUCUGCCCAGGAAGAAUGUCGUUCGGAGCAGUCGUCGACAGCGCAGCGGGGUAAUAAAGAGGGACCUAGUUUGAAGAGCAAUCUGCGCGAUCGACUGACAAAAUUGGUGCACAAAAAAUCCCCUAGCAGUUCAUCUGUCCCAGCAGAUCGAUGGACCACACCGGAAGUUUGCCGUACGUGUUCGAAAAGAAUUGUGCCUCGAUCGGGUAGUGGUGCUGGUGGAAUACAUCCAAGUCGUACGGUGUUGGACUUUAGGAAAGAAUUUCCCGAGAUUGACAUCUGCGAAGGUGACCAUGGCGAGGAGGACUGUGCAAAACUUGAUGUCCAACAAUGGGCCCUUUCGGAGAUGAUCAAUCUAGAGUACGAAGAUAUCGAUGUGCUAACGAUCAAACCCCAUAAAUUAAUCAAUUCUUCCGAGGGUGACGUCAGUGUGAGUAUGACUCUAUCGACAAACCGCCCGCUGCAUGAGGAGGAAUGGUUCCACGGUGUCCUGCCCCGCGAGGAAGUGGUUCGAUUGCUGCGCAACGAGGGUGACUUUCUGGUGCGUGAAACGACCCGCAAUGACGAAAGCCAAACAGUACUGAGUGUCUGCUGGAACGGACACAAACAUUUUAUUGUGCAAACGACAGCAGAGGGUCACUAUCGCUUCGAAGGGCCAGCCUUCCCGAGCAUACAAGAGCUGAUAGUGCAUCAGUACCAGUCGGAGCUGCCAGUCACGGGACGUUCCGGGGCAGUUCUUCGCAAACCAGUGUUGCGCGAACGCUGGGAACUCAGUAACGAUGAUGUGAUUCUGCUGGACAAGAUUGGUCGUGGCAAUUUCGGUGACGUGUAUAAGGCAAAGUUGAAAUCGUCGAAAAAUACGCUCGUAGCCGUUAAGACCUGUCGAAUGACGCUGCCCGAAGAGCAAAAGCGCAAGUUUCUUCAGGAAGGACGCAUUCUGAAGCAGUACGAUCAUCCGAACAUUGUAAAGCUGAUUGGUAUUUGUGUGCAGAAGCAACCAAUCAUGAUCGUGAUGGAGCUGGUGGCGGGCGGAUCGUUGCUAAUGUUUCUACGCAAGAAUGCAAGCACCCUUGGCCAGCGGCAGAUGAUGGGCAUGUGCCGAGAUGCGGCAGCUGGUAUGCGCUACCUGGAGUCAAAGAAUUGUAUCCAUCGGGAUCUUGCCGCUCGCAAUUGUUUGAUUGGGAAUGAAAAUAUAGUAAAAAUUUCCGAUUUUGGAAUGUCCCGGGAGGAGGAAGAAUAUAUAGUGUCCGGAGGCAUGAAACAGAUCCCAAUUAAGUGGACCGCACCGGAAGCAUUAAACUUCGGCAAGUACACCUCACUGUGCGACGUCUGGUCGUACGGUAUACUAGUGUGGGAAAUUUUCAGCCGUGGCGAUACACCCUAUUCAGGCAUGAGCAAUUCGAUGGCACGUGAACGAAUAGACGAAGGCUACCGCAUGCCAACACCGGAAGGUGCGCCGCCAGAAAUGUACCGGCUCAUGCUCAAAUGCUGGUCUUACGAACCGGAAAGUCGGCCCCAUUUUGACGAAAUUUACAGUGUCGUCGACGCUCUGCUACUCUGCACCAAGGACUGACGACUGGUGGACACCACCACCAUCGGGAUGAUGAGUACAGCGAAAGCGAAGGACGUCAUCGGUGGAUGGCCCGCAGCACGUGGGCUGUGGAGUGAAGGGCUAACAAUGUUGCAGCGAUUAAUUAAUGCUUCAAGUGGCGUGUAGCCUCC